AUGGGACCAGAUGCUCAGGUCGAAGAACGACAAGCUGCCGCCAGAAAGUACCUGCCGAUCAUAGAGAAGGUCUACGCUGGGGUCAACAAUGAUAUUUCCGAGUCUAGCCUUUUAGGUGAGCUGUUGAAACUGAUAGCUCAACUACCCAAGGAUUUCCAUCUAUUUUGUGAUCCAGACUUCAGGCCACUUUCAAUUUUUUGUCUGACAAUAUUCUCAUUCAAUGAGCAGGAGACUAUGACCUGGUUAAAAAACAGGUUUAAUCCAACUUUGGCUAGUUGUGAUAAAUGCAUAUUAAAUUUUACUCGUGGUAAGUGUAAGAUGCUCCAGCAUUUUGCCAUUCAGAGACAUGUACCUCACGAACAUGUCGCCAAGUUCAACGACAUAGUCUGCCUGUGGAGAAUUGAAGCCAUCCUUCCUGUCUUGCAUCAAAUUUCCAACAAGGAUAACACUGCAGUUGAAGUCACCAGAGACAUUGAAUUGGCCGUCUUCGAAUGCUUGUGCAAUCCACACAUGUUACGACUGAAUAAAGAAUUCAAAAUGACAUUUGACGUUAUAUUCAAAUUUCUAUACCUGUCGAAACAGCCUUUCCUUGAUUCUGAAAAUUCAGAAUUAAUGCGCACAUUCAUCGCAGGGAUGAUUUAUUGUUGGUGUGAAGGCACUCCCGAGCAGAUACAAUGGGCUCGAACCAUUCUCAAAAAAUUGCAUACUGAGAAAUUCUCUCUCACAGCUUCAAACAUGACUUCAGAUAUACUGGAAGAAGUUAACAUACAUGUACUUUUUCUGCAAAACCCAGCGAAUUGGAAUGAAGUUGUUGUUUCACAGUUUUGGUCUAGGCUAAUAUCAGUUUUCUCAUUUUUCGAUGAAGAUGCUCUUAUAGACAAUUUCGAAGUUCCAAAUAACAUUGAAUCGCUGAGAAAGACGUAUAGGUUUCCUAUUGAAUCCAUCUUUAAGCUGUGGUACCAUCACUUGGGGAAAACAUACCGUGAUAAACCUUUGGAAUUCUUACUGAGAGCUCUAAGCAUGUUCCUUGAUAAACUGGGUUCUGAAUUUUGGUCUAAAAUUGAACCGUACACAUUCCAUAGUAUUUUAGACAUCGUUUUCGAUCGUGAUUCUUUUGCGCAAAAACUCAUCCGUAUUCAGGAUAACAAGAUAGCUGAAGAUGACAUUGAACUUGUCCUUUCAUUCUCUGGUUGCCUCACUGAUAUGGUUUCAUGGACAUUGAUGUUUUAUCACUCAUUGACAGAAUCUAAAAAGAUCCAGAUGGUAAAAAAAGUUUCGAUGGCAUUUCUAAGAGUCAUCGCAAAUCAGCCUUCGUUGAAGUCAAUUCCUAAAGCUUGCUUGAUGAACUCGUCUACAGCUCUAUUAACAGCAGUAUUGACCAUUAAGAAUGAGGAACGUGAUAAACUGUACGAGAGAGAUGAUUUCGAAGUUGUACUUUAUUCAAAGACGGACUCGAGAGCACUGUUAAAUAACCCACUAAUUCAAGACGUGGUAAUACGUUCGGCUACUCAUCCGGAUGAGCUGUAUCCUGGCUUAGGUAACUCGACAACUUCCGUUUCAACAUCCGCCAUGAUGGUGCUGACCAAGUGCAUGAAUUUCGACAUCUUGAUGCUUUGUCAAACAUCAUACAAACUAUAUGCAGGGAAGCAUAUCAACAACAUUCCUUUUACGGACGCUUUGCUGGAUAACUUAACAAAAAAAUUGGACCUUAGGUCAUUUCAUGAUGGCCCACUUCUAGCAAAGCAGCUACUAGUAUCAUUAAGGGAUAUUAACGGAUUGUUGAUAAUUUCUUCCAAAGAACCAGCUGCAGUCAGGCAUAACGCUGAUGUUAAGCGUUUCUUGGUUCUAUGCACCGGCUUGGUGGCCAAAUUUGCUGAUAUUCUGCCCAAACAACUUUCAAAUGUGCUUACGGAUAGUGAAGCUGCACAGGGCUUCUGGUCAUGUAUCUUUUCACCUAACACGGAGCUAUACCAAGCAGCAACAAAUAUACUUUACGACACUUUUGAUGUUGAAGGCAGACUGGAAGGUAUUCAAGUCAUUUUAGCUGGUAACUUCACUGGUCACCUAAGUGCCAUCAAUCGUGUUUUGCAUCAACUAAUACAAUGUGAGUUUUAUGAGCCAUGUCCUAGGGCCAUCCGAGUCCUCAUGGACGUCGUUAGUGCAUUCACGGACCCAGUUGGCGGGGUGUUCUCUAAUUUCUCUACCCUCAGAAACAAUAAGACCGAUAGCGAACUUUGUCACUUCUGGGAAUUGACUUGGUCUUUUUUGGAUACCAUCUAUCGUUGUACGCUAACGUGGGCGACGAAGUACGAGUAUUCUGAGCUUGAGAAUUUUACCAAAGACACGCUGGAUUUGAGCAGGACGCUGGUAGACUCUUAUAGGGAGUUCCUUGAUAUAUUCCAAGAUACCAAGGUGGACUUUUUUGAAAGUGUUUUGAAAGCUAUGAAGAACAUGCUUUAUUGGUUGAGAUUGAGCGACGAAGCUUUAUUGGACUCUUGUGUUAAACUAAUUGUGAGCGCCUCCGAUUUAGCCAUGGAGAAGGACAUAAAGUUCAGCGACGACUUAGUUGAACAAAUGGCAAAGUAUGGAUCGAAAGCCAAAAAAUACUCCAAUAAGCUUUCCGAGCAGCAGAUGUCAGAAAUCUUGACUAAAGCGAAGUCUUUUGAUCGCGAAUUGACAGAAAAGAUUAUAGCAGAGGCAGAAGAUUACCACAAGGAAAAAGCUCUCAUGAAAUUGGGAAGCCCGGCACCGUCGAGCAUGUCUCCAUCACCGGCGGUAGAGUCGAAGGCCGACUUCUUGCAACGGAAGGCUUUAGCCUCUUCUAUCACAGGGCGCCCUAAGACCUCUCAGUCCAAGAUCACGUCAUUUGGUACCAUGCAGGCAGGCAGCAUGCCCAGAAUAUCUACCAAACCAACUAAACCACUAUCCAAAAUGGAACUUGCCAGACGACAGCUUCUAAGUAAUCGAGUGGUGCAUCCUCCGAGUAACACUGUGUUCCAUUCUAAGACAAGGACUGCUGCAGACAGGAAUGGCGAAAGCAGCAGUGAUGAGAGCGAUGGCGAUAUUGAGGUUGCCAGGGAACUGUUUGCCACUGCAAAAGCGAAGGGAGAAGGUAUACAGACUCUUGAUAUCAACGGGAAAGCUGUUCGUAAGAGCACGAAUGCAGAACGUGCAAAAAUUGAAGAGGAAAAUAUGCGUAAAAGGCUCAACGUUGAUCUCAACCCAUUGUACGAGACAGUUUUGCAGUGGGACUAUUCCAGACGAAGUGACUAUCCUGAUGACGAAUCUCCCGAUAAGUAUAGUAAGGUAAAGGACUCAUUCAACUCCGUGAAUGAAUAUAGGAAAGUUAUCAGGCCAUUACUACUUCUAGAGUGUUGGCAAGGGCUGUGCUCUACCCGUGAUAGAGAGGAUUUUAAACCGUUCAGUGUAAUUGUGGGCAAUAGAACAGCUGUUUCCGACUUUUACGAGGUUUACGCUUCGGCCUCGAAGACCAUGAUACAGGACGCAGGUAUCACAGAAUCAGACAUAAUUGUUCUGGCUUAUUUUCCUGGUAACGAACAGGUCUCGACAAUGAGGAACGAAGAUUUCAAGAAGGCAUCUCAUACCUGUCUCGCGAAGGUUAAAACAUUGAAAAAUACAAAAGGCAAUAAAGUCGAUGUCACACUGCGAAUUCAUAGAAAGCACAACUUCUCCAAGUUUUUGACUUUGAGGUCAGAAAUAUUUGCUGUUAAAGUAAUGCAAAUGACCACUGUGGAGAGAGAAUACUCAACUCUAGAAGCACUGGAAUAUUACGACCUGGUAGAACAAAUUUUACGCGCCGCCCCAUCACAAUCAGUCGAAGUUGAUAGCAGCGAAGUCGAUUUUGUGAAAUCCAACUACAAACUGAAUUCUUCUCAAGCGAAAGCAAUUGUCAACACUGUUUCAAAAGAGGGCUUCUCCUUGAUUCAGGGUCCACCCGGUACUGGUAAAACGAAAACAAUAUUAGGUGUCAUUGGCUACUUUUUGUCAACGCGUAAUACACUGCCAUCCAACGUCAUUCAAGCGCCAAAGGGCAGUGUAUCGUUAUCCACUGAGCAACUCCUGAAGAAACAGAAGAUCUUAAUUUGUGCACCAAGUAAUGCCGCAGUAGAUGAGAUCGUCCUCCGUCUGAAGGAUGGGAUAACCAAUAGGCAAGGUGGGAAGUUUCAGCCUAGCAUUGUACGUGUUGGUCGUUCUGACGCCGUGAAUGCAGCGAUCAGAGAUUUGACUCUGGAAGAGCAGGUGGACAAACAGGUAUCACAGAAAAAUUACGAGUUCUCUAAUAAUCCUGACUUGGAAAAGAAGUUUAGCUCCACUGUUGCCCAGAGAAGAGAGCUAAGAGCCAAAUUGGAUGCCGAGAAUGGGUCUGCUUCAAGUUCUUUGUCAACUGAAGAUAUCGCUAAGUUGCAGAUAAAAAUCCGAGAACUCAGCAAGGAGCUUAAUGAACUCGGACGGCAAAGAGACGAAAUCCGAGAGAAGAACUCUGUCAAUUAUAGGAACAGAGAUCUUGAUAGACGCAAUGCUCAAGCUCGUAUCUUGGCAAGUAGCAAUGUCAUAUGUUCUACGCUUUCAGGUGCCGCACACGAUGUGCUAGCUUCGCUUGGUGUGAAAUUCGAUACUGUCAUAGUUGAUGAGGCUUGUCAGUGUACCGAGUUAUCGGCAAUUAUUCCCCUUCGAUACGGGGGUAAGCGCUGUAUCAUGGUGGGUGAUCCAAAUCAGCUGCCACCUACUGUUCUCUCUGGCGCGGCAAGCAAUUUUGGUUAUAAUCAGUCUCUUUUUGUGCGCAUGGAGAAGAAUAGCUCGCCAUACCUGUUGGACGUGCAGUAUCGUAUGCACCCGGCGAUCAGUAAGUUUCCAUCCGCAGAAUUUUAUAAUGGUCGUUUGAAAGAUGGGCCAGACGUUGAAAUACUGAACAUUCGACCUUGGCACAAAAAUGCACCUCUCACGCCAUAUCGAUUUUUCGAUAUAGUUACUGGUAAGGAAUCCCAAAAUGCGAAAAGUAUGUCAUAUGUUAACACGGAAGAAAUACGAGUAGCGAUUGAAUUGGUCGAAAACUUGGUGAAUAAAUAUGAAAGGGAACUCGACUUCUCUGGUAAAAUUGGGGUAAUUUCCCCCUAUAAGGAGCAAGCAAUGACCAUGAGAAGACAAUUCAGAUCUCACUUUGGCGCUUCCAUCGCGCAGUAUGUUGAUUUCAACACAAUUGAUGGUUUUCAAGGUCAAGAGAAGGAAAUUAUCAUUAUCUCAUGUGUUCGUGCUGACGAUUCCAAGACAAGUGUUGGUUUCUUAAGAGACUUCCGCCGUAUGAACGUUGCAUUGACCAGAGCGAAGACUAGUAUGUGGAUUCUUGGUCACCAAAAAUCUCUGGUCAAAAAUAAGCUCUGGCGAAAUUUAAUUACCGAUGCCCAGGGAAGAGGCUGUUUGGAAUUUGCCUGUCCUGGGUUUCUCAAUAAGAAAAAUCACAAUGCUCAAAGAACCUUGGAAAGAUUCCGAGGCUCGCACGAUGGUCCUAAGAUGGACGACGAAUACAAUCCGUAUGAAAGAGAUCAAUACAAGAAGAUUCAGAAAACUAAACGUAAACAUGAAGAAACGAAUGCCAGCGGGAAGGCUCUGGGCAGAGGGAAUACACCUUCAGCAGCUGGAGCAGUUGGAGUCAAGAAGAAGAAAUCAUCCAUAUUUGGAGGUCCCUCUGUAGUCGAAGCAGGAAAACAUGCGAAUGGUCCAUAUAUCAAAGAAAAGGGAAGCUCUAAACAAGUAGAAACCAGUACCAAGGCAACGGAUAAUCGACACGUUCUAUUUUCUGAUAAUGUCCAAGUAAUACCACAGACCGGUGACGAGAACAUGGACGCUAAUAGGAAUGCAAUCGCAGAUCAUCAAGGAGCGGCGAAAUCGAGAUCCAGUGACGACGAGAAUGAUUAUGUUCCACGUCCAGUGGAAAUGAAAACCGAUUUGCGCCAUCAAGAAUCAGAGUCUGUCGCGGAUGAGGAUGACUAUCACCCCGCUGACGCACCGAACGGGCUCCGCGAUUGUGCAGUACCAACUUCGGUUAGUCCUAUCAGCCAAAAUGUCUCUCCUGCUGGAAGCCCAUCGACAGUUAGCAAUGAAACUGGUCAUAAUGGCCAAAAAGCCACUGGAAGGAGACAAAAAUCGUCAACGCCAUUCAUCCCCAGGAGAAGGCAGCAGCAUCGAUAA